GGAGCUGAGAGAGGAGAGCCUGGACCUGCGGACCUGCGGCGGACACACUGUCACUGAGCGUCCAGACCCGGCUUGUGUGGAUCUCUUUCAGCGUGGGAGAGGCUGUACGAUCCUCGGCAGUGUUCUGAGACCGUACGGCCCCGACCCGGACUCAGUGGACUGAGCAGGUCCACAGGUGGACCCAUGUACACACUGUCCCCCUGCUGCUGACACGGUGUGGACUAAACUGGAGACUGCUGCGGAAUUAUUACAACUGUUACUGAGCGAAAACAGAGAAAACAUGACGGCCGACAAGGAGAAAAAGAGGAGCAGCUCAGAGCGUCGUAAGGAGAAGUCUCGGGAUGCAGCUCGCUGCAGGCGAAGCAAAGAGACGGAGGUUUUCUAUGAGCUGGCUCACCAACUGCCUUUACCCCACAGUGUCAGCGCUCACCUGGACAAGGCCUCCAUCAUGAGGCUGGCUAUCAGCUUCCUGCGAACACGCAAGCUGCUCUCCACAGGCUGUAGCAACAGCAGCAGCAGCAACGAGGAUGGACAGAUGGACAGUCUGUACCUGAAGUCUCUGGAGGGCUUCAUCACCGUGGUAACAUCUGACGGGGACAUGAUCUUUCUGUCUGAGAAUAUCAACAAAUUCAUGGGGCUCACACAGGUGGAACUCACUGGACACAGCAUCUUUGACUUCACACAUCCAUGUGACCAUGAGGAAAUCCGAGAAAACCUCAGUCUGAAGGCAGCAGGAAGUGGAUUUGGAAAAAAGGGCAAAGAGCUGAGCACAGAGAGAGAUUUUUUCAUGAGGAUGAAAUGCACAGUGACCAACAGAGGACGCACCGUCAACCUCAAGUCAGCCAGCUGGAAGGUGCUGCACUGCACCGGACACUUAAAGAUGUACAACAGCUGCCCUCCACGAGUGCUGUGCGGCUUCAAAGAGCCCCCGCUCACCUGUGCAGUGCUGAUGUGCGAACCCAUCCCACACCCGUCCAACAUCGACACGCCGUUGGACAGUAAGACCUUCCUGAGCAGACACAGCAUGGACAUGAAGUUCACCUACUGUGACGAGAGAGUAACAGAGCUGAUGGGAUACACACCUGAGGAUCUGCUGGGUCGUUCGGUUUACGACUUCUACCACGCCCUGGACUCGGACAGCAUCGGCAAGAGCCACCACAACUUGUGUUCCAAGGGUCAGGCCGUCAGCGGUCAGUACCGUAUGUUGGCUAAGAACGGAGGCUACGUCUGGAUCGAAACCCAGGGAACCGUCAUUUAUAACAGUCGCAACUCCCAGCCACAGUGCAUCGUGUGCAUAAACUAUGUCCUCAGUGACAUCGAGGAGAAGGCGAUGAUUUUCUCCUUGGAGCAGACAGAGUCCUUGUUCAAGCCUCACCACAUGAGCAGCUUCUUCUCUUCAGGAGGAACGGGGGUGACCAGAGAGCUGGGAGAUGCCCUGUUCACCAAACUCAAAGAGGAACCGGAGGACCUGGCCCAGCUGGCACCAACGCCUGGAGACACAAUCAUCAGCCUCGACUUUGGUCGUCCUGACUUCGAGGAGCCCCAGCAGCCAGCAGGAUUCUCCCAGGUGUCAGGAGCUGUCAUGCCACCUCCAGGUCCUCCGUCUUGGUCCAGCGAGAGCCACAACCUAAACCCUUCAGUGUCAAGCCAAACUUUGGGUGCAGGUCCAGGAGACAUGGCUAAAAUGGCUGGGACGUUCACCAUCCAGCAGAAACCCCCACCAGGCAGCGCCACCCCGAGCCUCAGUAGCUGCUCCACGCCCAGCAGCCCUGGUGAUUACUACAACUCUAUUGAGAGUGACCUGAAGGUGGAGCUGACUGAGAAGCUGUUUGCUCUGGAUACAGAGGGCACCAACAGUCCCAACACAGACAGGGACUUGAGUGACUUGGAUCUGGAGACUUUGGCCCCUUACAUCCCCAUGGAUGGAGAAGAUUUCCAGCUGAAUCCCAUCAUCCCCGAGUCCGAGCCACUGGAUGGGGGUCAGUCAGGAUCCAUGGGGAGCAGCAGUCUCUCCCAAAGUCACCAGGCCACCCAGCAGAGCUUCAGCAACAUCGCCAGCCUCUUCCAGCCGCUGUCGUCCCCCCCACAGCCUCAGGGCCACUACCAGCCCCAGCCAGCUGCAUCCUGGGCUGGAGGGGAGAAGAGAGGGUCCAGCCAGGGGACCAUGGACACCCCAGCAGGACCAUAUAUGAUGGGCCACAUGCCGAAUUCCAACUACCAGGCCCCAGCGUGCACCCCUCUGUCUUCUAUGGGAGGCCUGCAGAACUUACAGUGGCCACCGGACCCUCUGUUAACAUACCAACAACAACAACAGUCCAGGGCCGCCAAGGCCUACAGAAUGGACACUUUGUCAGGAGAGAACAUAUCACAUCAAAUGCAGAAGCAGAGGUCCGCUGAGAAUUUUUUUCAAGCCUACAGAGACAUGAGUCCAGCCAGAGUGGCCAUGGCCAACAGCAUGAAGCGCUCCUUCACCCAGAUGGCAGUGGAUGAAAGUAAGAUGACAGAUAUCAUAUGGAAGAAGAUGAGGGGUGAUGGUUCCAUGGAUCGCUCCCUCAGCACUGGAUCACUGACAGAAUCAGGCAUGGGGAGGAUGAUGCCGAGCAGUAUCUGCCUCAGCUCUCUGCAACUACACAGGAAGUCUCAGUAUCCAGGAAAUGGGAUACGUGGUGCAAACGACAAACACUUUCCCCAAAAGAGCAACUUUACUGAGUAUAACAUGCUGCCUUCUAACAAGACUGAAGGAAUAGCGAGCCGUUUGCUGGGUCCUACUUUUGAUUCCACCUGUCUGCCUGAGCUGACCCGUUAUGACUGCGAGGUCAACGUCCCGCUGCAGGGAAACCUUCACCUCCUUCAGGGCUGUGACCUGCUGAGAGCCCUGGACCAGGCCACUUAGAGCCCAGAUUCUAACCCACCACAGACCUGGAUUUACUCACAGCCCUGAAUCCCCAUCGAGCCCUGAGGCUAAGCUAUCGGGAUUUACAUUUAAAACAACAUCCUGCCUUAUUUAGAUGUUUUUGUUUGGCCCAAUUGGCUGCCGUUUAUAGAGCUGAGAUAUCCGGACCAGGUCUUAUAUACACCUGUAUGUGUUUCCCCCACAUUGUCUCAGAUUGGUCCAGGUUUGGCUACCGGUGUGUAAGGGUUGAGCCUGUCAUCACAUCGAUGACCCGGGGUCAUUUAGUAGGAAAAGGUCAACAUGGGACCAGCAGAGUACAACAUGAUGUAACACUGUGCCUGAGCUGCGUCCUGUGUUAAAACACUGUUAACAUGCGACUUAUCAGGUUCAGUGUAAACAUCUUUCACGGGUCAGCUCUUUGUUAGGAGACGGGCUGACCUCAGGUCUUUGGUGUAAAAGAGGAUUAGUGGUGUGAGAUUCAAACUCAACAGUCUGCCUUAAAGCCCAGCUUCGCCAAAACGUCUACAACUGUACCCCCCCCCCCCCUUCCUCCUCUUAGGUCAACGUCCCAGUGCAGUUUCCUGCCAUGGCCUAGAAAGAAACCUCCAGCCCUGUUCUUACUCAUAGCCCACAUCGCACACACACACACACACACACUGCGAUAUGGAUUCUAUGCAGCUCAAGCCCCCACCCUGCCUUCUUUUAUAUCAGUUACACAUUUUACUCAAAGACCAGAAGAGAAGAUAUUUUACUACCUAUAAAACUGAAUAGAGACCAUGUUCUAUAUGUGCAAGAUCAAGAUUAAGCCACAGAUAAAAGUUACAGAAGAAUAUAGUAUUUUUAAUGUAUCAGAAUUGGAUAAAGCGUGACUUUCACAUCCACCUGAGAAAAAAAAACUUUAUUGUAGCAAAAUAGAAAAUAUAUUUUUUUGUAUCUUUUUAUUGAAAACAACCUUAAAGUGUCUCAUUUUAAUAAGAAAUUACAAUUCACACAUUUGACGAAUUUGGUUCAGAUAAAAGUUUCUGCUUCCUCUGCUUCCUCAAGAUUAGGAAUCAGCAGAAUUGAAAUCAGAAAAAUGCAAAUGAUACACACAGCAAGCCUUUUCUACGUACAUUAUAGGCUACAGACGUACACACACUAACUUCAACUAUUACCUACCACUUCUUGACUAAGUCACUGUUUUUGAUUUAACAAAAGUAACCAUGUAGUUGAGUGUGUUCAUUCUUGAAAAGUCUUCAUUUUAAGUGGCUCAUGACGUUUGGGUCAGCUCUAAUCACAUAUGCAUUUUAUUGUUAUGUUAGUUAUCAUAAUUAGCCUAAUGUUUCUGUUAUUGACCUGAGAUAUUUUAGCUUUUAUCAGAUCUCCCCACAUUAUUUAAUCCAAAUCAAUUGACACUUUAGCGUAUGUUUCUCUAUCACAUUUAUUGUUCUUACUUUACCUACAGUUUUAGAUUUGUGUGUCUGUCACUGACACAAUAAUAAGCAUAUAUUGCAAUAUACGUACUCUACUGUAAGUUUGAUAUUAAGGUUUUAUUUUCUGUCGUCUCUUCUUGAGUCUGUCUUCGAUUUAUCUAAACGUGAUUCUCAGUCAGGUUUAGGAGCCUAUCUCGUGUGACUACAGGGUUUUUUUUUUCAUAUCGUGCAAUUUUUUCAUGGAGCUAUAGCGUAUAUAUUGUGCAACACAGCUUGCCUUAUUUACCACACUGAUAGCAUUUGCAAGAAAUCUGACUUCCACACUAUACAUGUGCAGCAGAUUAUUUGUAUAUUAUAGGUUUACACACUUUGACUGAAUUCUAAACUGCAGUGGUGUGCACAGACAGGGUUGAGGACAGAAGCAUAUGACAACGAUUAUCAAAAUAUAUUUUACUAAUUAUAUAUUUUGUAUGUUUUGAGCACUAUUCUGUAUUAUUAAAAGCUAAAGGUGUAGCUUAGAUUAUACUGUCCUUGUGGGAAGUUUGUGUCGGAGUCAGUUUUGUGGUUGUUUUCGAACAUUAGCUAACUCCAUUUCUAUGCUAAUAAUAGAUGGUGUUUAAAUGUAGCUGCUGUAGAAGAGCAGCGGAGAAGAAAUGGAAGAACGUGGUGGUAAGCACCAGGAUUUUUCUGGGAAAAAAAACA